AUGGCAAGACAAAAAAACUCUACAAAUAAUGACCAAAAGUACCAACAACAACAAUCAAAAGCAUCACCAAGCAAUGACAAAACACCAACAAACGACAACAAAAAACGACGACCAAAAGCACCACCAAACUACGACCAAAAACAUCACCAGACUACGACCAAAAACACCAACAAACUACAACGUAAAGUACCACCAAACAACGACCAAAGGCACCACCAAACGACGACCAAAAGCGCCGCCAAAUUACCAACAAAGGCACCACCAAACAACGACCAAAAACAACACCAAAUGAUGACGAAAGCAACACAAAAGAGCGAUAAAAAGCACUGCAAGAACGACAAUGAAAGGACAAAAAAAAAAAUCACUACACAACGAUGA